CUGUAGAUUUGGACCUUGCCGGGAACCGUAGUAAAAGCGUCCUUAGCACUGGUACAGACGUUAGCAACCAGCAGCCAUUUGAGUGUUUCUGUCUGCACAGCCUUUUCACGAUAGCAGAUUUGUAUUGCGUGAAGAAAACGUGUCUGGGAUUUGAAUGUUUUAUUAUUGUUGUGAAGAUGACCUCAAAUAACCCCUCCGUUUUUCUUCUUAUGGUCAAUGGGCAAAUCGAAACAGCCAGUUUCCCUGAAUGUGAUGACUUAUAUUGCAAGUAUUGUUUUGUCUAUGGACACGACUGGGCUCCAACAGCAGGACUAGAAGAGGGAAUAUCUCAAAUAACAUCGAAAGGAAGAGAUUCCUCUCAGAGCCUGGUGUGGAACUUCCCCCUGGACAUCACUUUCAAAAGUACCAACCCAUUCGGCUGGCCUCAGGUCGUGGUGAGCGUGUAUGGGCCAGACACAUUCGGAAAUGACGUGGUCCGGGGUUACGGAGCUGUGCAUGUCCCCUUUACCCCUGGAAACUGGUUGAUGGGCAGGCGUCCCGAGUUCACGGAUCCUAAAGUUGUCGCGCAGGGAGAGGGACGAGAAGUAACCAGGGUGCGCUCUCAAGGCUUCGUAACCAUCCAGUUUAACAUUGUUACCAAGGACAUGAAGAAGCUGGGAUAUGACGUCACGCCCACAGAGCAAACACCAGCCACUCACCUGGCAGGAACCUGAUGACACAACAACUGUUAAACCUUGUUUCAUAAUUGUACAGAUUUAAUGUUUUAGAGCUCUUUCUACAGCUCUUUAUUGUAUAAAUUAGCAUCACAUUUAUUUAGCCUAUUUUUAUACAUUUGUAAUCGAUUCCUCCAGCUGUUUUUGUGGUUCUGACAUGCACUCUGUGGGCACACAACUACUAUCUCGCACAAAUGCAUUACAAAUCAUUACGACUCUAAUCCGAUGUCAGUGAUACAGUUUAUUUUUUAUUUUUUUAUCAUUGCAGCUACAGGUCCUUUAUCACUCGCUGCGAUUUAGACGGCAUUUAAAAUUUCAUGUGACUUUCCUACAAAAAGCAUUACACAGAAAUAAGAUACGGAACAAUAUGUUACAAUAGAACAAAUGAUAAAUUAUAUUAUACAGUUAUAAUGCCAACAGGUUGAGCACAUUCAUAAAAAGCAGCCUGCUCCCAGUAACAUGAGACAGUUUGGUAAAUAUACAGAUGUAACAUGAGGAAAAGUAAAAAGGUGUUUAUGCAUGUUCAUGAGGUUAGUCUGCCACAAUAAAUGCAUAAUAAAUGUACAAAGUAACAGAAAAGUGAGUGAUACACGGUCAGUAACAGCAAAACGAGACAGGACAAAAUGAGCUAGAUAUUGUAUCGGUGAAAGCAAUAACUGCCAACGAUAGUUUGCAUAACUAUUGAAAGAGAACCCCCCCCGCCCCAGCCAAAUAACCAAUUGUGUAAUUAUAUUUCAUCUGAUGUUCAUCAGCAAGAAGUCUGAUUUCACAGGAUCGGCACCGCCAUCACCCAUCAAGUCCAUCGCGAGCACCACGCGUACGUUUUAAAGCCGACUUCCCCUGAUUGCGGAUUUUGUGAGAAGGGACACACCCAGGCUCUAAUACACAGCCGUGCUCGGGCAUUACUACCACAGAAUCUCCAGUAGAGGUCACAAAUGAAGAGGACAGUUCAAGACGGCGUAUUUCUAUAAUCUGAGAAACAACUCAAAUCAAGAACACUGAUGCUCGGGCCCUAAACAAAACCAAACUGUGGUAUAAAACUGCAACAGCCGCUCUUUAAUACAGCAAAAGCAUUACGAUUUUGGUAACUACGUUUGGGCAGAAAAUUUGCAAUCUUGCACUUGUGGGGGUGGUAACGAUAUUGCAACGGGUUUAAAAAACAAAAACAAAA